AACAGAACGAAGCGCACGGUUAAAUAAUAUGUUUAUAAUAAGAAGAUAUAGUGCUUUUUUGUUUAUUAUUCUGAGUAUUAUCCUGGCUGCAGAAGCAGAGGAUAAUCAGAAAUGUGAAUAUUUUGAAUCUGUCGAUCUCGAGAAUAGUCAGAAAUGUGACUAUGGAUCUUAUUUAUACAGGAGUAUUUUAAUUCCAAACGAAAAAGAAAAGAAUGAAAGAAAAGAAUGCCUCAUACCACAUAAGCCGGAUAGCAAAAUUCAUAUCGAACUUCACGGAACCAAUAUUAUAAGAGUAAUAACGGUUUUUUGCAUAGCUAUAAUCAUUGCUGCGUAUUGUUAUUCGCCCAAGUUAAAUGCAGGAAGUAACCGAUGUUAUAUAUAUCACUUUGUUUGCCUCGCUAGUUGCUAUAUACUGCAGUGUGUAGACUUGGUCGGAGCCGCUAAGAAUGUGUGCUAUUUGUUAGGAUAUUCUCGAUAUUUCAUCAUCAUGUCGACAUUCCUUUGGCUUCUGGUAAUUAAUUAUAAUUUGUGGAAUGCAAUUACCCGAUAUAAGGUAAGUGUUCACAUGCUGAGAUACCAUAUUUUCGUGUGGGGAUCUGCUGCGAUUUUGACCGCGAUCACAGCAUAUAUGGAUAUGCAAGAGAUGUCCGACUCUGACAGGGAUAUAUGGCAGCCUGGUGUGACUCGUUACGGAUGCUGGAUCGAUACAAAAAAUUGGUCAGCUAUGAUUUACUUGUAUGGUCCUAUAUUGCUUUCAAUCCUUAUCAACUCAACACUCGCCAUUGUAACCGCAAGGCAUUUGUAUGUGCACCAUAUGAAAACCAAUCAAGCCUGGAACAAUUCGGAGCGUAAAAACAAUUCAAAGAAUAUUUCUGAUACCAUUUGCCGGCUAUUUCUCAUAUCAGGAGUGUUUUGGCUAAUGGAAAUAUUUGCAUAUUUAUUUAACAUAGAAUUGUUUGCCUUAAUUAAAGCUGGACAAGGAUUAAUACUGCCUUUCGUAACUAUCUGUAACAAAAAAGUUAUUCGUGACUUAAAUAAAAGGUUGAACCCAAAAAGAAAGAAAGAUUGCGAACCGGUCACAACCAUGGAAUAGCGAGCAAGAUAUCUUAUAAGAACAUCAACUACAUAUAUCUACAUUAACUUUCAUUAUAUAUCUUAAUAGAAAUAACUAAAACAACAAUGACAAAAUUUAGAUACGAAAAGCAAGUUCUCCGAUAUCGAUAGUUGUAGUCAUAAAAAAUAAAAUCAUAAUUACAUUUAAAUAACAAGUACACUAGUGCACUUACGGCAGUAACAAUAAAUACCUCGAGGAA